AACUUUUUUGACGUCAAGUGCACGAAAUUCGCUGUUGGCAACAUCUUUCUUACGGCUGCCAGCUAAAAAGAGCCUGCGGUGGAAAUAUUUUUCGCCGUUUAAAUUGAAACAGGUUCACGCCCAUCAUUCUAUUGAUUAAACGACUACCAAAAGCAAAAUAUGUCGCGUUUCUUUGCCACGGGUUCCGACUCGGAGACCGAAUCCAGUGAUGAAGAGGUCCCAGUACAAGCAUUCAGUAAAGCGCCCAAUUUUCAAUUUAGUGACGAUGAAGAAGAAGUGAAACGUGUUGUCCGUUCAACUAAGGAGAAGCGUUAUGAAAAUUUGACUGCUAUUAUCAAGAGCAUACGUAAUCAUAAGAAGAUUAAGGACAUGGCCAGUAUUUUGUCAAGUUUUGAAGACCUGACACGUGCCUACACAAAGGCAUUGCCUGUCAUUACCAAGGAAGAGAAGGGCGUCACCCCACGUUUCUACAUUCGUUGUCUUGCCGAGUUGGAAGACUUCAUCAACGAGGUAUGGGAAGACCGUGAGGGACGUAAAAACUUAUCGAAAAACAAUUCAAAAUCAUUAGGUACAUUGCGUCAGAAAGUGCGCAAGUACAUUAAGGACUUUGAGGAAGAUUUAACACGUUUCCGCGAGGCCCCCGAUCAAGAAAGUGACGCCGAAGAAGAGGAGGCUUACGACUCCGAUCAGGAUAAGAACGACAUUGGUUCGGAAGUUUUAUUGCGAGAUCUGAAACAGCCCUCUGAACCAAAGUCGGCUAAGGCGGCUGCGCCGUCUAAGUCAGCUGAUCACGACGAUGAUUCGGAUGACUCCAUUGACUGGGGUAGUGAUUCGGA